CUAUAAAUAAAAAUCAAUCCACCUUUGUAAUUUGCUAUUGGCUGCUGAAAAUUAAAAGGAAACAAAGAUUCAGGCUUUUUUAUCAAUUAGAAAACACCAAAAGUUACUAAUUUACACGACAGAUAGUGAGCGAGAGAUGGAGGAGACGAGAGCAGCGAAGUCCAGGUUCAAUAGGGUCUGCGUCUUUUGUGGAAGCAGUACUGGCAAGAAAGAUUGCUAUAGAGAUGCUGCUCUUGAACUUGGCCAAGAACUGGUUUCGAGAAGGUUGGGUCUAGUUUAUGGAGGAGGAAGUGUUGGUUUGAUGGGUUUAGUAUCUCAAGAAGUUCAUCGUGGCGGAGGACAUGUAUUAGGAAUCAUCCCCAAAACUCUGAUGAACAAAGAGAUAACUGGAGAAACAAUAGGGGAGGUCAGACCAGUAGCCGACAUGCACCAAAGGAAAGCUGAAAUGGCCCGCCAUUCUGACUGUUUUAUUGCCUUACCAGGUGGGUAUGGAACAUUGGAGGAGUUAUUGGAAGUGAUUACAUGGGCCCAGCUAGGCAUCCACGACAAGCCUGUAAAGCAACUUCAUGUGGGCUUGCUUAAUGUGGAUGGCUACUACAAUCUCCUGCUCACUUUCAUAGACAAGGCCGUGGAUGAUGGCUUCAUCAUGCCUUCUCAACGUAGUAUCAUUGUCUCUGCUCCAAAUGCCAAAGAGCUUGUUCAGAAACUUGAGGAAUACGUGCCCUUGCAUGAUGGAGUUGUUGCUAAGAUUAAGUGGGAGGCUGAGCAAGUGGAGCUUAAUGCAUCUUUACAGACAGAAAUUGCUCGUUAAGGACCAUUGAUAAGAAGGUGUCUAUUUCUUACUAGGUUUUUAAUUUCUUGAAUUAAUAGAUGUAUGUAACUAGGGUUUUAAUUUUCUCCUUUUCAAAUUUUGUAUGUAUUUGAUCUAGAAAAGGGAAAAAGGAUAUUUAACUUCUAUGUCAACAAAAAACUAGGUCUGUUUAACUCAGUUUAUAGUUUAAAGUAUGUACAUGGGAAGAAAAUAGCAAAAUGUUAUUUUCUUUCUGAUAAUUAAUUGAAGAUAUAUAUUAAUAUA